AUGACGGAAAGUGUUCGUCAACGGAAAAAAAUCGAUGAAUCUAAUGUUCAACCGUUAAAUGAUGAUGAAGAUGAUGUCAAGCGACGUAUUACAAUCGAUCGAUACGAUCAUGAAAAUCGAAAUCAAUCAUCAAUAACAAUAUCGCAAAUAUCUUUGGGUAUAAUAGCAGUAUUGAUGAUUGUUCUAUUGAUUUUCAUAAAAUUUGGUUUACCUCAUGAAGAUCAUAUGACAAAACAUUUUCCAGCUUCAUUACCAACAAUGGACGGUGGACCUUUGCUAGUCAAUGAUUUUCUGUCUCAUAGUGAACGAAUUCAUGUUGGUGAAGGACCAGAAUCAAUUGAACCGUUAAAUGGCUUACUUUACACGGGUUUGAAAAAUGGUUCAAUUGUCGAACUUGAUCCUAUUAGUAAAAAAACUCGCAUUAUCUAUUCUUCACUUAGCGUUGAUGAUCAUCUACUCAACUGUGGACAAGAUAAUCUCGAACAUGUAUGUGGCCGUCCAUUGGGUAUUCGUCGUUUUUCCGAUGACGAACUUAUCAUUGUUCAAGCAUAUCAUGGUAUAUUUAAACUUAAUGUAAAAACAAAGAAACUAACUCAACUUAUCAGUGGCGAUGAUAAGCGAUUUGGUUCUCGACCAUUACGCUUUGUUAACGAUGUUGAUGUCCUCGAUGGACGUUAUCUAUUUUUUACUGAUUCUGAUUGGCUUUAUCCACGAAAAGAAUUCAUGACUGUUCUACUACGAGCUAAUCCUCGUGGAAGAUUGAUUCGUUUUGAUAUUGCAACUGGUAAAGUACGUAUUCUUGAUGAUCAACUUUCAUUUCCGAAUGGUGUGCAAUUAUCUGCCGAUAAACUAUCAGUAUUAGUAUGUGAAACAACAUUAGCUCGAGUCGUUCGACAUUGGAUCGGUGGUGAGAGUAAAACAAUUGGAAAGACUGAAGUAUUUAUUGAUAAUUUACCUGGCCUUCCCGAUAAUAUUCGUUUGACCAGUACAGGAAACUAUUGGGUUGCCUUUGCUGUUGUUCGACAUAGCGAUACAAUUAGUUUAUUUGAUUAUUUACGCAAUUGGCCUCGACUACGAACAAUACUUUCCUUUAUGCCGAAUGUAAUCAAAAAAGUACAAACACGUUUACCACAGCAUGGUCUUGUUGUUGAACUAAGUAAAGACACUCGUCAUAUUGUUCGUUCGUUACAUGAUGCUGAAGGAUUAGUUGUUUCGUCAACUUCACAAGUUACUGAAUACAAUGGUCAUCUUUAUUUUGGCUCAUAUUAUCUAGAGCAUAUUGCAGUUUUCAAACUCUAA